GUGUGGGAAUAGCAUGAAACCAAACAGGUCAAACAGAUGACUUCCUGUCAAGAGGCCAACAUCCCUUCUAAAUCCACAUGUAACCUCUCAAACACACACACACACAAUGACAAACACACACCAACCCACGCACACACACACACACACACACAAGCAGCAGCAGCCUUCCUCAUUGUGCUCAUAUGCACCUCUCUCAUAUGCUUCCUGUUUGUGAACCACCGUAUGAGUGAAGUCAGCUCACAGAAGCAUAAGCAGCUUGCAGGGCUGAUUGUCACCACAGCGCUUGUUUGUCGUACGUAUGAUAGAUGUUGGUCUGUCACACAGAAAUGUCUGAACCCACUGAAUGGCACUGAACUGGAGACACUUUGACUUGGAGGCUCUGGAGACAAUGGAGGCUGGACAGUAGACUGCAGAAUCUGAGGCAACAUGCAGCACACCUCCUGCACUGAGGACAGGAUUCAGCAUGCUCUGGACAGGUGUCUGGAUGGGCUCCGGCAAAGCCCCACAGCAACACACCGCUGGGAUGUGCUGAUGUGCUCAGCGGGUCAGUCAAUGAACCGCUGGAGCUUGGAGGAGCUGGUCAAGAGGGACCCGGAGAACUUCAUCAUCCUCUUGCAGCAAAUCUUGAGAAAGACUCAAGAGGUGCAGGAAAGGUGCCAGUAUGAGCUGGUGGCUCCACUUGCCAUCAUGUUCACCUCCACGCUCCUGCAGACGCCAUAUUGUCCUCCAGAGAUGGAGCUUCUAGAGAAAGCUAUCAAAGUAUUCCGCCGCUUCCUCACCUGGCCUGAGCCCUACUGCAGUGUGUGUCGAAACCUCCUCUCUACACUCCAGCAGGAGAUCAAGGCUCCAGGGAUUUCCUUUCAGAGACUGGUGAGAGAAGAACAGGAUUUGGAUUCCACCAGUCAGUCUACCAGAACAAUGACGGUGCUGCUGAUGAAUCCAAGCGAGUUACCCUCUGAAUUCCUCUCAGUGGCCGAGCAGCUCUGUUGCAUUCAGCACUCAGAGAAAGAAACCUACAUCACCCUGAUCAAACACACCUUCCAGUCCACGCUUGGUACCAAGUACCCAGUCUGCACUAUCCAUGCAGCCCUGCAGGCAAAAAGUGUGGAUGAACUAGGGGAGAUCUUCGCUGUGGUCAGUGGCGUCUCAGAGACAGCUGCAGCCAUGACUGAUCCUCGGAAGGGACGCAGUCACAUGAUCCAAGAACUGGAAACACUAAGGGAAAGACUAAGCAUCUCUUCUGCCAACAGAAGAAAUUCGGAUGGAAUGCUCCAGACGCUACCAAUCCCUACAGCCAGGUGUCACAUGUUUCAAUGGGAAAAAGACAAUUUUGAUGUCCUAAAUACCCUUCUGGAGGAUGAGCCUGACACCAUGGCCACAAGCGGACGCACAAAGGAGGAUGAGGACGAGGUGGACAUAGAGGACGAUGAGGGACAUGACACCUUGUCCCUAGCAUCAGAGUCUUACGCUCCCUCGUUCAACUCCGGAGUCGACAGUGACUUUUUUGAAGACUCGGAUGACUCCAUAAGCUCGCCAAAGUCUGCCAGGUCUCCUGCUAGGCUGAGCCAGCAUUUGUACCGACUUCUCCGGAAGCCAAAGAGGUCGUUGUACCGUGCUAAAAGUUUAGGAAACACAGAGACCAAAGACUAUUUGGUGGUGCGAGAGAUUCGCUCCAACUCGCUCCCACACCAUGUGCAGUUACGUAGUCCCGAGCCCUUCUCGGCUCCACAGAAUCAGACUGUCAGACAAGUGUGCUUCAGGAGGAGGCCUAUCCUGAGCACUGAUGAGGACAGUAUGAAUACUACGCUGAGGGUGGUGGUGUUUGGGGCCGAUCAUGUCGCUGGCAAGGUGGCGCGGGCCUACAAUAGCCUGAGACAAAAGGAGAGCGCAUGUCCACGUCUCACCAGGGUCUUCAAGCUUCAGUUCUACUUUGUGCCAGUCAAGCGGGAUUCAGUAGCAGGACAAACUGGUCUGAGCUCUCAGAGUCCAAAAGGAACGAGCCCGUCGAAUCAGGAUAUUAGCCUUACUGGAACAGAAGACAGCACGAAUGACAUCGCCCAUCUCCUUGGGAUGUUGGAUCCUUGGUACAAAAGAAACACUCUCAGCCUCCUGAACUUACCCGCCAAUGUCGUCUGUCAGCAAACCUCAAAGACAGAGUCAGAGUCAUAUGACAGUUCAUAUGAACAGCGUCUGCCUAUUCUCGCCGACUUGGUUCUGUACUAUUGUCGUUACGCUGCACGACCAGCUCUGAUCCAGCUCUACCAAGCUGAGUUGAUGUUAGCCAGCGGGGAGAGGAGGACGGAGGUGUUUGUCCAUUCCCUUGAGUUGGGUCACACUGCAGGAACCCGGGCCAUCAAGGCUAUGGGCACUGCGAGCAAACGGUUUGGUAUCGAUGGUGACCGAGAAGCUGUGCCUCUGCAACUUGAUGUCAUGUAUAACAGGGUUGUGAUUAGUGGGAGAAGACAAUGGAAAAGAGAAACUAAAUUGUGCACUUCCGUGACCUUAACCAAAGCCUGCAGGAACCCUGAGGAGUUAGACUCACAGUUAGAGUGCUUGCAGCUCAGCAUGACAGAGGUUCUGAAGAGGCAGAGUGGGAAAAGCAAGAAAGGCUACAACAUGCAGCUGAGCCUGACAGAGGUGAAGGUGGACAAGGUGCAGAUCAGCGGGGCUGCAGACACAACCUUUGCCGUAUGUCUGGACCAAGAUGAGAAAAAGAUAAUGCAAAGUGUCAUUAGGUGUGACAUCUCUGUGUGCUCCAAACCUGAUAGCUCCUCAGACUGGAGGCAGAGACGUGCCGAGAUGUCAGCCCAAAUUCAGCCUCUGCAUCCGACGUUCUGCACCCUUCUCUGUCUGCCCAUAGUCACCUUCAGUGGAGCUCUACCUUAAGCCUUGUCUCCUCUGCUUUGAAAGGAAUGGACUGUAGCUGUCCACUGCUCACACUACUCACAAGAAGAUUGAGAUAUUACGGGAUAUAUUGUGAGACCAAGACACCACCUAAUAUCUGAUCACCGGUGCCUCGCCAUUGCGAGACGGCAAACAGGAUGUUCUCUGAGUUGCAGGAUGUCCAUCAGCAGUAAAUAUUAUUGUGCAAGUGCAGUGAAAUUUCACCCAAAAUGUGAAUAUUCCUAGCUGGUUGUGAGUAAUGUAUAUAAAUUAAUUUAUGCAAUUAAUGCAUAAAACAGAGCUCUGAGCUCUCUUGCCAUCCAGCAACAAAUCAGCAUAGAUAAAAGUGGUGAACAGUGGCUAUGCACCUGAAUGAACGAGGUGUGGUGAACAUACACAUAUCUGAAAGUGGACACUAUGGAAACAAUGUGAAGUUAAUAUAGUGAUCAGUGCUACAUGCACCUGUUGUAUCUUUUGUUGACAAGUGUGAGUGUUGACAAAACUCAACAAAAUGAGGCCAUUGGCUGUAUAUAUGUGUAUGAGCAACAGAGGGCGCUCUUGUCAUGCGGCAAUGGUGAUAGUUUUUGUUAUGGUUUUAUGCUGUAAAUACAACUUUUUAUUAUUUUUUUUCAUAUUACGUCAGAAGUGGGAGAUAGAUAGAUAGAUAGAUAGAUAGAUAGAUAGAUAGAUAGAUAGAUAGAUAGAUAGAUAGACUUAAACCCAUUGGUGCACUUUCUAUAAGACUAAAAUAGUUUUUGCUUGUUAAUGAAAAUGUUUUGCACUCCAUAAAAUCCUCCAGGAAUGAGAAACUAAAACAACUGUUGAAAUUAUUCGAGGACAAAUACGCAAGGUACUCAAUGGAGAGGGAAACCUCUUUUAGAAUUAUUUGUGAAGAAUCCACAUAAUUAAUACUCAAAGGUCAUGU